AUGACUUCGCAUUCGUUGCUGGAUCAGCUUUGUACGGAGUACAGAGAACUUGUGGCCCAGCAAGACAAGGAAACACAAGAACUUAGUGAGAAUCGACGCCGUUAUCCACGGCAGGAUGCCACUGCUCACCUCCUGCUCAAGGUAGCCGACAAGCUGUUGCAGGAGAGAGCAGGAUUGGAAGAAGCCCGAUUCGAGGAGCACACAGCCGAUCUCAUUGCUUUGUGUCGUCGAUUCGGUCUAAACUUCGAGAAGCCGAAGGUCAGUGAAAAGGCCCUAACAGGCUUCUUUAGUAGCCUGCGAACAUUCCGGCAGCCUGCAGGUGUGCAGAACUCAGCCAGAAGGUCAUCGCUACGCCCCUUGUUCGGAUCCUGCAUGGCGGGCGGCGCAGGAUUUCCUCAGAACCGGAAAUGGUGGCCCGAUGUUCGAUCUUUUUUCGAGCGCGGCUUUGAGGUGCUUCGAAAUGGAGACUUUGUCCGUGCCAACGCUCCAGAAAUGGUUGUUGGCGACAUCGUGUAUUUAAAGAGUGGCGAUUGUGCGCCUUGCGAUCUGCGAGUUUUAAAGACUCUGGAGGACACCCGGAUCGACACAUCAACAGGUGUUGGUUCAGAGGUCCGAGACUGUACGGAGUUGUGCACAUCAGCCGAUCCCUUGUCCUCUGACAAUAUAGUUCUCAAGGGGAGCUGGAUCCUUCAAGGAUCGCUGCUGGCGGUGGUGAUUCGAAAUUCGAUGGAUCCGCUUGCUCCUCAUCGCUGCGCGAACGACUCUGAUCAGGAUGCCGAGUUUUCCAUUGAUGCGACAGUACCGAGCGGACUAACUGCGGCUUCUUGCCAAACGGUUUUCUCAAGUUUAUGGACGAAGGCCAACUGCAUCUGCCGCUCGUUCGACGUCAUGGUCCAGCUCUCUGCUGUUGAUGCUGUUAUCAUAUUCUUGACAGAGGACCUUCGCAAAGAUUCUUCGGCCCUCCAGGACACAGUCCGAGAUCUACAUGGGCUUGGCAAGGCAGUAUUCUUGCUCGUGAAAGAUCAGGGGAGCGCAUCCCGAUUGGCAGAAGACUUGAAGUUGAAACCGAUCUCUUUUGAAAAAGGCAAGCAGACGCCCAGCACCUGUGUCUCCAGUAUCGGUUCUUCCUUCGACAUGAGCUUCGAAGGUGAUGUGAUGGCCACUUGCUCUGGUACAACACCGAGGCAGGGACAGGAGGAGGAACGUAUUGCGGACUUGAUGAACAGUUGCAAAGCUGCAGCUCCCGGCGCUGUCGUUCAUGGCAUGUCGGAGGCAGCGCUGGUGCAGUUCUGCCUCGUGAUGCAGGAAGCUGGUUUGAGUCCGAUGUAUGUGGCAAGCCACUUGCAAUCCCAGUUUCUGCGGUCACUGUCGGAUCCUACCUUUCGUUCGCAGGCACCCUCUGUUUCUUCGGCAACACAGGUGCAGCACUUCCCUUCCAGAGCCAGCCAAGACGCCGCCUCCGCAUCACCACGAAGAGCCAAGGCGAUCGUGAAGACACGGACUGAAGAGGUCGACCACGGGGAAGCCCACAACCUGACCGAUGUGAUCAAAAACAUGGGGUUCGCGGAACUGAACAAGGUUGGUGAGAAAGUCACGCCGAAAAGAGCGUCGUCCGUCACGAUUGUGUCGCUGAACGCCACAGGCGUUCUAGCAGACCGCUGCAGCUGUGCCUGUCUGCGGUCUGACUUGCGAUGUGUCGGGCAUGCAUUGCAGUUGGCCGCCAGAGUAUCCAGAAUCUGA